AUGGCUGGCCGCUCGCGGAUACAAGAACAUUCAGACCGAUCAGACGGUGCACUGGCUAUCCCUCAUAUUCCAAAUGCCGAUGCGCCCGCCAUGGUCGGCAACUCGUAUGUCGGUACAUUCAAUUGCCAAGCCAAAUAUCCGGUUCAACGACCAUCUGUCCCGUACGGGCAGCAGAAUGACACGUCGGAAGCCUUGUGGUUCGAGGGUGGAUACAAGGAAUGCGUUGGUUACUUGACCGAAGGUCGUUACCCGGUGUUUGACAAAGCCGGUUACGCACUCACAAAUGCCAGCAAUGCCACUCAUCUGAGCAUAAGUCCAGCCGUUCCUGAUCACAGGGAAAAGAAACAGCGACGGGUGAUCCACUAUUCGAAUGGCAAGGAGAGCGGGCUUUUCCUGAUCUCCAGUGCUCUGGAUGGUAAAUGGCUAGGGCCACGCGGUACCCUUCUACCAGCCAACUGCAGUGACCAGGCGGCUCAAGUUAAGAUCACUUUUCCAAUAGUCAAGGCUACGCGUUGGAGUAUGCUACUGGAUUAA